CCUAUAAACACUGCCCAACAUUAUUCAUUACAUACAUAGCACCCCAGGCCACUCCAACUUUCAAUUUUCUCCUUUCCUCACCACUCCUUGCAAAGAUGAUGCUCACCGCUAAGACUGGCGUCCCCGCCCUGCGCGUCCAGCGCCGCAGCGCUGCCUCUGGCGCUCGUCCCGUGCGCCCUGCCGUGGGCCGCUGCCAGAAGCUGGUGGUGCGCGCUGAGCAGAGCAGCAGCACCGAGACCACCUCGUUUGACUCGGAGAAGGUGCUGAAGGACCUGCAGGAGAAGUGGGACGCCGUUGACAACAAGGGCGCCGUGGCCGCUUACGCUGCCGGUGCUGUUGUUGCGCUGUGGCUCAGCUCCACCAUCGUCAACGCCAUCAACGCCGUGCCUCUGCUGCCCAAGCUGAUGGAGCUGGUUGGCCUGGGCUACUCGGCCUGGUUCACCUACCGCUACCUGCUGUUUAAGUCGAGCCGCGAGGAGCUGAUGAAGGACAUUGGCGACCUGAGCAAGAAGAUCUCUGGCUCGGAGUAAGCGCUCUGGCGCUAGCCCCUUUACAGCCUGCGGCGUGGCGCUGGGUGGACACACCCAACUACGCGGCUAGUGGCCGUUGCUGGGUCCACCGACCGGGCGUGGCAUGCCUUGUAUGUGUUGUACGGUAUGAUGUGUAUUAUGUCCGCACGCGGUUGCGCCAGCGAAGAUUGCGCAGGAGAGCUCGCGGAGUGGGAGUGAAGUACUGGGUGCUUGUGGCAGGGGAGUGAAUGUGUUGGCCCCGUUUGAUACCCCGGGGGUGCGACUGCAUUUGAUUCUGACGAUUGAUUCUUCUUAGCGCGGAUGUGAAACCAUGGCUGAGCCGACUGUUAGGGCUCCCGCCCCCCGUUGGGUGAUGCAUGCGGUGCAACCGACCAUUUUUAAAACACCGCUGUGCCUGUAGGCUCAGUAAGGCAGGCUCAGUGGCUCAGUGCUCAUUGAGGUAGGCUCAGUGCUCAGUGACAGGGGGCUCAGUGUGGAAGGCUCAGUGCUCAGUGACAAGGGGAUCAGUGGCUCAGUGGGGUAGGCUCAGUGGCUCAGUGGGGUAGGCUCACUGGCUCAGU